AUGUUCCGAGCGAGGACCAGCGUCCCAGCUGUUCAACCAGUGCACUCGACACUGCGCCGAACAGCCAUAUUAAAUAUAGCUGGUUUGGCAGCAGGGCCGAUCCUUCCUGCCUCGGCUCUCGUCGGUUCUACACUAUCACCAGAGAUCGAGGAGGUGAGGGACGUGUCCUUGGCGACAGGCAUUAGGAGCGUGAACGCAGACCUCAUGCGUCGCCACUGCUGGUUAGUGUACGGAGCCUCUUCCUUCAAGGCGGUGAUGCCGAGCUCCGGCAACUGGAGCUCGCUUGCACGCUCUCAGCUGGAGGUUCUGCAGUCCUUAGCUGGCCUGGCAGCACUUGGACACGUGCUUGGUACACUGGCCCUCCUCUGCCCCUUCCUCCUCCUCCUCCUUCUCUGCCUCCUCCUCCACCUCAAUUCCUUUCAGGUAAAGAAGCAUUUGGAGGACCCCUCACUCACUGACAUCGCAAGUGCAGAUGACUUUUCGCUCACGUCAACUGAACGCGGAAUUCCGAGAUAUGAGCACUCGCACCUGGUCGCAGCUUUGGAUGUCAUCCUCGAGUACCAGAGAAAUCGAAAGACCACCUACUUCACCGUCCUCGGGACUCGGGCACAGACGAGUAUGGGAACAUAUCGACACGAUCCUCGUACCCGGCUCAUCGAGCUCUUGAAGCGGUGGCUUCGGACGCAUGCGGCAAAUCCAAACAUCACGGAGGACGAGGCCAGAGUUUGA